UCGUCGCGAUUCGUGAUGUAAAAUCAUGAUCCGAGUUUUAGCGUUUCUCGUGCUCCAAUAUACGUUGUGCUUGACAAUCCGAGUACCAAUUGAGUGGAAUGAUAAUAGUGAAGUGCAAAAUGAUCAGUUAAAAAACCAAAAUGUUUUACCAGUUGAGACAUUCGCAACGAAAGAGGCGCAGCAAAAUCCUCAAAAACCAAUACCGAAAGAAUACUUCGAAUACACAGCGAAGAAACCUCAAUUCGCUGUUGAAGUUGCCAAUUUCCAUGGUGUGAAAUCUCCGGAGAAUCUAUACAAGGCCCACCCUGUUAGACCACAUACGGGUGUCAACAAACCUGAGCUUGGAAAACAUAAAAUUCUUGAUCCCAGAAAACAGAUACAUGCACCUUACCGGCAGUUCAUAAACAAUAACAAACAUCUCACACACGUGACUCCAGUUUCAACCAAAUAUAAUAUAUUCCAUCCUUACAAAGCGGAAGAGCCGGCGUUAAAAAUAAUAUACCAAGAUCCUUUUCUAGCAAAAGUACAGAAUGACGUUAAGACAACUAAAAACCGAUUGCAGUUAUACGAAAAUAGUGCUGGCGAAUCUGAUAUCAAAAAAAGUGAAUAUUUAGAAAGCCCAAAUGAAACAGAUCGCAAAAAAAGUCCUCCUCAAAAUCAACCAACCCAGUUUGAAAUGCACAAGCCACAACGGCGCCCUAUAUACUAUAUGCCUCCAAUAUCAAACAACAAUCGAGAUAAUGUCUUGAAUCAUAAAAUAAGACAUCCAUGGGGACAGAGUUAUGGAAAAGUUACUCCGAACCACUAUCGUCCAAUAAAAAACCAUUUACACAAUCUUAGGCAACAACACGCCUUAAAAUACGAUGAUGAACAAAACGAGUAUCCUCAAGUACAACCUGCCGAAAUUCACGAAGAAAAGCCUGAUGGAUAUGAUAUAUACGAAAAAGGCAAGGCAAAAUUUUCUCAGUUAAGAAAUAAUGUCGAUGAAUCCAUUAACAAAGCGGUUAAAGAAAAUCGUCCUAGUAGUCAUCAAGCCUUAGAAUUACAAAACACCAGUAAUGAAAAUGAAAAUGUCGACGAUGAAGUAGAGUUUUCUCCCGUUAAGAAUUAUGCCCAAGUAAGAAAAAUAGAAACAGUUAAGCAUGUUCCUCGAGACGCAGCAUUUCAUGACGCUGAAACAUAUGAAGAUAUAUUAAACGCACCUCGCCUGAGAGAAGCAGUAAAAAGCUCUAAAGCUCAUACUAUUUAUUCAGAAGAGGGUUAUGAAGAUGCUGCAUAUGAUCAUGCUGGAGAACAAAAACAUGCAACUGAUCACGAAGGUCAUGGAGGUUAUCUUAAAGAAAAGGAGUCAAGUGAAGGAAAAUAUAAAAUACCAAGCUAUAGCGGAAAAUACGAAGAUGGUAAAGGGACUUCAUACGGAGAUAGUACUAUUCAUGGCGAAAAGUGGAAGAAUGAUGACAAAGAAAAAGAGGAAUUAAAGGAGGAAGACGAUCAUUCUGAGAAUAAUAGUGAUUAUUUUAUUGAAAAUGAUAACCGCAGCCAACAUGAAGAUAAAGAAAACUCCGGCGAAGGUGACUCACAACAUGGCUUAAGUAAGAGGGAAACAAAUUUUGAGGUACCCGAAAUUAAUUUAAGUACAACUUUCCCAAGUGACGAUGAACAGCGCAAAAAUUCUCAAAAUAAAACUCAAGCCGAUAAAUCGGAUCAUAAACUAUCUAAGUACCCCUAUUACCAUCAAAAUACGGAAGCAAUUAAUAAGCAUUCGCCUUUAAGAUAUGCUGAAAAUCUGAAGAAUAUUCCAAAAAAGACGAAAGGGGGAACUGAAUUUUAUGACUCUCGAAAGCAAUAUGAAUGUCCUGAAGUAGACGAUAAUGUUGAUCCAAUCCCAGAAAAAUUGAAAAAAGGUGGUCAUCCUGACGACAACAACGAAGAUGAUGACCAAAGCAUAAAAGAAACCGGUAAAAAACAACGUUUGAAAGGUCUUGGUGACAAAAUCGAUUGUUUUAAAGUUAAAUAUUUCGGAGAAAAUCCUUUAGAUAGUCCAUUUUUCGAGGAAGACCUUAUUUCAGACCCAGAACCAAUUAGGGCGCCAAUUUCGAAUAUUUUUAAAUUCCUCAAUGAACGAAACAAUCCCAUAACACUUGAGACUCAAACUAGCAGUAUCGUUGAUCAAGAUAAAAUGAAAAAUAGUGAAAUAAAAGCUAACGACACAUUAGCCCAAAAACUGUUACUUGACAUUUUGAUAUCCGAGGGGAUGAAAAUUAAUGACGAAAACAGUAAUGAUCAAAAUGAAAAGAAAAAAGAAAUCUCAGCAAGAAGGAAACGAGCAACUCCUUUUAUUUACGAACCGUACAAAAUAAUAAGAGAUAGUCAAAUUCAAGAUUCGAAGAAAACAACUACAUCAAGUAAUAUAAGUCCGUUAAUUAAGCAAUUGCAGUCAAGCAGAGUUGUGGAUAGAGUCACAACAAACUUAAGUAAAGAUCAACCAGUUAAAAGAAAUACGGGAAGUAUUACUUACAAAAAUAUAAGCAAAAAAGAUAGAGAAAAAACACAUAGAACACCUGAAAAGGAAACAUCAAAUUCUACAUUUGUAGAUGUAAAUGAAGGUCUGCGCCAGGGUGAACCACGAUUUGAACAAAGACCAUUAAAUCACAAGCCUCAGUAUACACCUAUAGAAAUAAAAAAAUCCAUUACUCCUGAAGCUUAUAAAAUUCAUACCAACGACAGUAAUGAAAACGACAAGUCUAAAAGUCAAGUAAUACGUGCCGAAAGAGCGCAUAAGAACGAGAACGCAAAUGGAAAUAGGGAGUUCUUCGAUGUUUCCAAAUACUUGCCAGAAUCGUUGGAAUUACAAAGACCAGAAUCAUCAAACAAAGUCAAAAAAAUUAAGGAGUAUCCUGAGCGUAAACCAGAUGUAUUAGAAGAGGAUGAAUCUGAAUCACAGGAAAGUGACGAGUAUGAUGAAUAUGAUGAUGAGGAAGAAGAGAUUGUUCUUACAACCUCAACAACAACUACAUCAAAACCAACGAUUAGAAAGAGAAUUAGAAUUCAUACAACGUCAAGCACGCCUCGGAAUGAAGAAAAAGUUGAUCACCAGGUACCUAAGUUGCAAUUAAUUACUAGAUUCCGUAAUCCCACGGAUGAAGUAAUUCAUCAAGAUAAAGUCUCAAUUCCAGUCAAUGAGAAAUUGAAGGAAAAGUCGAAGACAACAAAUGAUGACACUGUUAUUCCUAAAUACAGAGAAAAGAAAAGAAAAAGUGCUAAGAGUACUUUUGUAACAGAUACACAACGAUAUGACGAGGGUAACGAUGAUAUGAGAAAAGACGACAUCGAUGAAUUAAUUGGUAUAAAACAUGAUAUGGAAGAAUACAUGCCUAAUUAUGAGAAAGAAGAGACAAAACGGAAACUUAAUAGCAAAACAAAUUAUGAUAGCGACUUUGAAAUUGAUGGCAGAAAUGACGAUGAAGAAGAGGAUGAUAGUGAAGAGGACGAUGAAAAUGACGAAGAGGGUGACAAAACUGAUGAGGAUGAUAUCUCUGAUACAUCUAAUACCGAGGAUAGUGAUGAAAGUGUCGAAGAUAUCAAAGUUACUACUCCUGAACCAACUAAACAAACGCUUCCUCAAACAACGGUAGCACCUGAAAGCACAACAUCGGUUCGAAGAUUAAAAAUAGAUCUAAAACCAGUGAUAUCUAAGAAAAAAAUUGAAAUACAUAAGGAUCUCCCAAAUAAUAACAACUUAACUCAAUUCAAGCAAGAUAUUAAAGAAACAGAGAUAAUUAAAGAAAUACCUAGGAAAACAUCAGAAAAAAAUGCUGAAAUUCUAGAAUUAUAUAAAGAUGAAAAUUUAGCACGAGAAGUUAACAAAAUAUUUGAUGUUGAAAUUUUUGACGAUGAUGUUGAUCUCAAGAACGGACCUAGACAUGGAGGCAAUUACAGAAGUAUAGAAUCUAUAGAAUCUGAAAAUACACCUACUGCAACGACUGAAGAAAAAAGUAAUAAAGAACCUUCAAAUAUUACUACUAAGGUUUCUCCUUCAUCGGAAAAUGAAACAAUAAAACAAACCAAACGUAAGCAAGAGAGGAGAAGACAACACGACAACGUAAGAACGAGAAGUACCACUCAAAGAACAAGAAGAAGUCGUGGCCCAAAUCCAAGAUUAAGGGACCUUAAUAAUGCUUCAAAUAAUUUAUCUGGUACUAAAACGCACGGCGGUAAUUUAAAAAUUAAUCAAAGUCAAAAUAGAGACAACCAAAAUAAGAAGAGCGAGAAACUUAUAGAAUUAAAUGAAGAUCAUGAUGAAAAUGAAGGUGGCAAUGGAAAUAUGCAUGGCGGGAAUUUUAAAUCCUAUGGUAGCUCUAGAAGUAGCGGCAGAGAUUUGCAUGGAGGUAAUUACAGGAGUGCAAGAAUCACUCAAGCUAAUGAACAUAACAGACAACCUUCGCGUCGAAGAAAGGAAAACAAAGAGGAUAGUUCCAAACACAUGAGAACAAAUUCUAUCGCAGUACUGGACACAUUUGCACGCGUUAUUCCAACAUUAACCACCUCUGCGCCUUAUAUUUUAGACCCUAGCAAGAGAAUGUAUUAUUAUGUCGAUUCGUAAAGAAUCAAUAUGUUAGUAGAAUUUAGUAUAAAUUUAUGCUAGGAUCCAAAAUUAGCAGUGCCACUUAUAGUCUUCUAUUUUCUAACGUUUUUUAAAGUGUUAAAAAUUGGGUUACGAUUUCAUGGUAUAAAAUUGUACCUUGUUAAUUUAAAUUGUAAGGUCACUACGAUAAACUAUCUGUGAUAAAUACAAAAUUGUUACCUUUUCUA